AGCCAGUCUUUCUAUCUUUGUUUGUGAUUUUGCUGUCAGGAGUCCAGACCGUACGUCACUGCGAUGGAGUUCAGAUAUAUGUCCUGCUGUGGCCUUUUAGUCCCUCUGGGAUUCAACUUAACACACGUUUUCCAAAUGAUUUAAGGGCCCAGACUUCAGGCCGUGAUGAGUUUAUGCAGACUGAAAGGGGGAGAAAAGUUUUAAGUGACAGGGAGGUGGUGUCAUGUUUCUUUAAAAGCACUCCAGAGUUGUGCUGAAUUUCCUCAGGGCAGGAGUUUUUUUUUUUUCUUUGUGUUGAGUCUAUAUCAAUUUGCAUAUGACACUCCUCCUCUACUCAGAUUGGCCAGGGCUCCGCUAACAUGUGGAAACCCACAUCCAAACUUCCUCAGUUGGAGAAAAACUUUCCUGAGUUGAGGAGGAUGAACUGAGAGGCUGGACGCCAGCAGCUGUAUGAGUGAGUAACAACAGCAGGCAGAGAGAGGCUGGUAGUGUUUGAAGAAAGAGAGUGUGAUAUCUUAAUUAUAGGUUUUUAUAAUUGUAUCUUGACCAGGUUUUUUUUUUUUUCUAGGCAUUUACUUUACAAAACCAACAGUCUUCUUCAUUGGUUUGGAUGUGGUUUUUUGUUUUGUGAAAAGGAAAAUAAAUUAUCUUGAAGAAAAAUUGGAUUUGGAUUAGUCAUAUGUUUGUUACAGACAGAUAUUUUUCACUUCUAUUUCAAAAAAGAAGACAGUCUUAAAGUGACUUUCAAGUUAUGUUUUUAGUGUUUUUUCUUUAUAGUUCAGAUCAGUGAUUUGUAAAAAUGUCUGUUUAGCCAGUAGAUUGGAGAUUAUUACCUCUCAUCAUUAUGCUGCUGGCUCUGCUUCUGGUUCUGAAUCUUGUCUCUGAGGCUCGUUCCUCUGAGCCGUCAUCAAUAACUAUCCAGUACCGGGUUUGGGAGGAGCAGCCGGCGGGAACCCGGGUCGGCCGUCUGGUGGACGACCUUCGCCAGAGGGACGAAGGCGGUCCCCUGGAGAAUUUCCAGGUUGUAGAGCACGGAAAAGCCCUUCCCUUCUCCGUCAGCACUCGAGAAGGGGUUGUCACCACCCAAGGCCGGUUGGACAGGGAGGAACUGUGCCGGGGGUCGGACCUGUGUGAGUUGGCCUUCAGUGUCCUCUACAGGAAAAGUGGCGCAGUGAACUGCCUGCGGGUUCGUGUGGAGGUAAUGGACCUGAACGACCAUAGUCCCAGCUUCCCCACUGCCCUGCAGGAAGUAGAGAUCUCAGAGACAGCUAGCCUCAGAAUGCGAAUCCCUUUGGAUCGCGCAGUGGAUCCUGAUGCAGGGCCGAACAGCCUUCAGACCUACUCACUGUCCGUCAACCAGCACUUUGCUCUGGAUGUGACAGUUGCUCCAGGUGGGACAAGGCAGGCGGAGCUGGUGGUUAUCAAAGAACUGGACAGGGAGGUUCAGGCCUCCUUCGACCUCACCCUGGUGGCAUGGGAUAAAGGGAACCCCCCCAGGUCUGGGAGCACAUUAGUCCGUGUUAAUAUUCAGGACUCAAAUGAUAACAGCCCCACCUUUGAGGACAGCACUCCCACUGUGGAGCUGUCUGAGGAUACGGCCCGUGGGACAACCAUCAUCAACCUCAAAGCCACUGACCCAGACCAGGGUGCCAAUGGGGAAGUGGAGUAUUCACUCAGUAAGCAUACACAUCCAGAGGUCCAGAGGCUCUUCUAUGUGGAUCCACAAAGUGGAGCUGUGAGUCUCAGAGCACCUCUGGACUAUGAGCUCCAGCACUCUUAUGAAGUGAUCAUACAGGCUCGUGAUCACGGACCCAAUGCAAUUCCUUCACAUUGCAAACUGCACGUCAAGCUAACGGAUGUUAAUGAUAACGCACCAAGGAUACACAUGACCUGGACUCAAUCCAACUCACCUGUAGCGACUGUGCUGGAAGGAGCACCAGAGGAUACUUUCCUUGCCCUGGUGAUGGUCUCUGAUGCAGAUUCGGGGGACAAUGGAAAAGUGAGAGCUCACAUACAGCCAGGAUCCGGCCCUUUCCGCCUGAAACGGAUCCAUGGCGACAAUUAUAUGAUUGUAACUAAUGGCAGCCUGGACAGAGAGAAGGUUAUGCAGUAUAACAUCACGCUCCUUGCACAGGAUUAUGGAGAUCCCCCACUGUCCUGUGUUAAACGGCUACCUGUUAAUGUUCUGGAUGAGAAUGACAAUGCCCCGGUGUUCUCCACCUCCCUCUAUAAGGCUUCAAUCAAAGAGAACAACGUGGCAGGCUACCACGCCCUCAAAGUAGAAGCUCAUGAUGCCGACCUGGAGUUCAGCGGCAGAGUGUCUUACUCCAUACAUAACUCCAGCAACCCUAAAACCCCCAUGCAAUCUUUCCAUAUUCACCCAACCAGUGGCAUCAUAAGUGUCCAGCGCCCUUUGGACUAUGAGGAAUCCAGAGCCUACUCUUUUAUCGUGGAGGCCAUUGACCAGGGUCAUCCACCUCUUACAACCACCGCCACUGUGCAAAUCGAAAUCCAGGAUGUGAACGACAACUACCCAGUCAUCAAGGAGCCAAAACCCAGAAAGGGUUUGGCUUCUUUAAGCGUACCUGUCAAUGCAGACAAAGGGGAGAUUGUGACCGAGCUGGGAAAUGAAAUAGAAGAAGGAUCCGCAACUUUGCCGAUCAGUCACUCAGUCAAAGAGGGAUUUGAUGGAUUCCUCGCAUCCACCAUAAAGGCUGAAGACCCAGACUCGGGGCUGAAUGGAAAACUCAAGUACCUGAUUACUGAUGGAAACCCUUACGGACUCUUCUGGUUGGAUCAGGUUACAGGUCAGCUGUUUGUUAACACCACAAACGCUACAGCGCUCAUUGGGAAAACCUUUAAAGUGGAGAUUACAGUGUCUGACAUGGGUACUCCCAGCCUGGCCACCAAGGCGACUCUGGAGGUGACUUUCAUCAACCUCAAGGACCAUCUGAAGAACUCAUCACCUGGUAACCGCGGGCAGCUCAGCUUCACCAUGAUGAUGGCGAUUUGCCUUGGCGCUACAUGCCUACUGCUACUGCUAGCCAUUGCUUUGGUGACGACGUUCUGUCGCCCUGAAAAACGGGACAACCGGGCUUAUAACUGUAGACAGGCCGAGUCGACCUACACCCGCCACCCGCGGCGCCCGCAGAAGAACAUCAGGAAGUCUGACAUUCAGCUUAUUCCCGUCAUCAGGGGGCGAAAGGAGGAGCCUCCUGAGGAUGACAGCGAAGCCCAGCCACUGGCUCCGCCUCCAGAGAUGUCAGAGGAUCAUCAAACUGAGAGUCAGUACACCUUAACACCAUCAGUAAUGAACGCAAGCUUCCAUUCGCAAACCCACUCGGAAGGAGAUCCCACUCAACCUCUCACCCAACACUGCAGAACGCUCCGCAAACCUGGAAAUAUCGAAAUUGACGGCACUUUGCCUCUGACGCCAGCCACGUCAUACCGGACUCUUCGGAAAGCCAGAAACCCUUCAUCAUCCUCCUCAGUCUCACAUUCGAGCACCUUGAAGCGCCAGACUCAACCUAAAGUCGAAGAGGUAGAGCCGCUGUGUUCAGCAUCCCAGGCGACUCUCAGGAGGCCGAGGACCUCGGAGGGACGAGGGGGGCAUGACGCAGAACACCGGCAGAUGCUUCGAAACCUGGUUCGAAUGUCCAUGGCUGCGUUUGCAGACUCCAUCGAGCUUUCCUCAGCCUCACCAGAGGUGCAGAUCUCCCAGCUCCUCUCCCUCCUGCGUCAGGGUCAGCUGCAGCCGCGGCCAAACUUCCGCGGGAACAAAUACUCUCAUCGCACUGGCAGAUAUGGAGGUCAGGACUGUUCUGAUUGGCAGAGCACUAAAGACAGCGGACAUGGCGAGAGUGAGGCUGGAGACGUGGACUGGGAACCAGGAAGAGACUCACCCAUUGACCUGCAGCUGGAAGAGGGACUCAACAACCUGCUCAACAACCCUGAUGACGUCUUCUCGGAGGUCAACGAUCCGUCCUGGAUGGCCAGACUCUCCCUCCCGCUCUCUGGCGAUUACCAUGACAACGUUUUUGUCCCCAACGGGCCUCCGUCCCCUGACGAUGAAGUCCUGCCCCGGGAGGGCUUGGAUUCCUCCUCCUUCUCCACCUUCGGUAAAACACCGGAGAAGGACGGUCCACUGGGGGGGACCCUGCUGUCGGAGGUCAGCACAUUGUUUGAGAUGCUGAUGACACAGAAGGCCGACGCCCAUCCCGGCCCCCGGCCCGACGUCCUGUAUCGACUCUCCGCAGCGUACCGGCGCUCGCUGGGACUGGACGGCGCCGCACCUGCUCCAGGCAACACAGCAAGGAACUCUGGGAACACUGAGAAGAGGCCUGGACUUGCUGCACCCUCAGGACUUUAUCAAUAAGUGUUCAAUAAAUAUCUGUUCACUGAACACUGGAAGUAACACUGAGAUGCAGCUCGGAUACGAAAGUUACAGAAACAGUUUCACAAGUGUUUGUGAGUGGCAUGUUGGGAUUUUAGAGGCAUUAUGUGAUAAAAUACUUAAAUAUGAUUUAAAACUGUAAAUAAAGCCACUAUUCAAUUGUUA